GAGUUAUAUGCUCAUAAGUAGUGGAAUUGAUGACAUUUGCGGUUUCAAAAGGCGUAUUUCGUUCCUAUGACGAUUUUUUCCUUUUGACUUUGAAGCGCUGCUUGCUUCUUUCCCAUCAAACAACAUCGAUGAAAACACGUUGUGUAAAACGUGAAAGAAAACAUUUCAUAACAUGCGAUGGAAAAGUAUAUAGGUACACAUUUGCAACCAUCAUUGGACCUUUCGCUACUUGACUAUACGAUGGCUGGGAUCGCCAACGGAACCGGACUCGCCGACGACACUAACGGCACGGCCGAAGACGGCUGGCCUACGAUCCUUCCCUCCGAACUUAAGGCGACGUUCGUCAGCCUCAUUGACCUGGGUCUCGUCCUGGGGAACGUCUUCGUGGUGGUGGUGAUCCUAAGGGCUCCGUCGCUAAGAAACUACACGGGUUACCUGACUGUUUCCCUGGCGUGCGCAGACAUGUUACCGGGUCUGUUGGUCAUCCCCUUCAGCGUGAAGCCGGCCUGGACCGGGCACUGGAUGUACGGCGAAACACUCUGUAUGGUGACGACAUACUUCUCCAGCGUCUGUGCACUGGCUUCUACCUUCUCAUUGGUCAGCCUCGCUAUCAACCGGUACAUCCUCAUCGUGCACGCCAUGAAGUACCAGGACAUCAUGGGGCCGAAGCUGUGCACCGCCAUGAUCACUGCGGCCUGGGUUCUCCCGGCCGUGAGCUUCGCUCUCUCCAUCUUUGUGGAUGGGAGAUUUCGCUUCUUGCCCAAUGCGAUGCUGUGUGCUCUAGACUUCGGCGGUGUGGUCCCACUGGCGUUCGCCAUCGCGUUCCUCGCAUCCGUGGUCCUGGUGGUAGGCGUCCUGCACUGCAAAGUGUACGCCGUGGCCUUACGUCAUCUCAAGAACAUCUACCACUUCAACCCCAAGGCUACGGAAGACAAGCUGCAAGGCGCCAAGACGACUGCCGCCAUCACUGUGGCGUUCAUCCUGAGCUGGGUGCCGUACUGCGCCCUGGCCGUCUGGCAGCACGUGUUGAAGUACCCGACCCACCCUGACGUGGAGUUCGCCCUGCUGUGGUUGUACGGGUGCAACGGGAUCCUCAACGUAUUCAUCUACAGCGGCUUGAACCGGGCCUUUCGCGAGGAGGCCAAGAAGCUCAUCGCCACCGCGCGUGCAUGUGUGCUGACCGCCGUGACGCUUGGUCGCCGGGUGGAUGCCACCAGGCCGUCCGUGCCGACCCGGUUUGGGAGCAGUGCUCGGCGGCUAGUGGCCUGGGAAAACAGAGGAUCAUUCAGGGUAGAAGAGGUCCCCAUGCACGAGCUUCAGAUCCACGGGAAAGUGCAUAGAACCGUGGUGAACGCCAACAUGAAGAUAGAAGAGACAGCUUGCUAGCUCGAGUUCCUCAUUCGACUUUCAUGGAUAUUCACAUUACAUCAUUGCACUGGAAUGUAAACUUGAAUGGCUCCGCUCUCGUUUAUUUAUCAAUUUAUGACUUUCUUUCGUUGAUGGAUAAUUCGUUGAUAACUUGACAUAAUAUUAUGGUACUAUUGAUUCAUGUCUAUUUUUAUUUAUGUGUUUUGAUUGGUAUUCUUAAAUUCUGUUUGAUGUAGACAACAUCUCUGCUGCCUUGACUGACCGGUAUAAUGUGUAGCUGCACUUUCAAUUCAUCAAUAUAUACUUGUUAAUAUGUUUUUUCUGUUGUUUUCUAUGUCUCAGUCUCAGUGUAUGCUAUCACAACAAUAUUUAUACAUUUAUUCACUAA